AUGGCCUAUAUGAAGUAUAUUAUUUUUUUACUUAGUGUAAUAUGUAUUACAGAUGCUGCUGUUACAUGUGGAACUAAUGAAUAUAUGGAACGAUGUGGACGACCAUUUUCAUGUCAACCAACAUGUGCUGAACCGAAUCGAACAGUAGUAUGUUCAAUGUUUAUAUGUGCAAGAGGUUGUGAAUGUAAUAAAGGAUGUGUACGAAUGACAGAUCAGGACGAAGACAAUCCAUGUAUUGAAAUUGCUCAAUGUCCUGGACAAAUAAUCAAUAAAUGA